ACGAUAGCUAGAUCAGGAACCUCUGAAUUUUUAAGUACAUUAGAAAAAGGAGAAAAAACUGAAACUUCAAAUAAUUUAAUCGGUAAUUUUGGAUUAGGAUUUUAUUCUUCUUUCUUAGUAGCUGAUCGAGUUUUAGUUUCAAGUCAAUCUAAUUCAGAUGAUAAACAAUGGGUCUUUGAAUCCAAUGCUGAUGCUGCUGAAUUUAAGAUUUCUGAAGAUCCUUGUGGUAAUUCUUUAGGUCGUGGCACUGAGAUCACUAUGUAA